GUUUAUUGUUUUUGGCACUAAUAUAACAACAUUUUGUUAACUGAAACAGCCCUCCCUCUUUUAUCACUUCCCCUGUUUCACUAUCAAUCAGGGAUUUCAAUCUUUUAAACAAAAAAAAUAAAAAAGCUCACCAUUCAUAGAGCAAUUUCCUUGAUUAUUUUCAUCUAAACCCAGCUGCUGAUUUGUUGAUAAGAAUGCUGGAGUUAUUGUUACACAGAGCUUAGGUGUUACUGGUUUCACACUGAUGCGGACAUCCUAUUACCGCAUAGAUUAUUGAUCAAAUUUCGGUAUUAAGAAAAGUGGCACCAAAUGGAUGAAUCUCGUAACCCAUUUCUUCAAUCUAAUAUUAUCGAGUCUGCAAAUAGUUAUAGCUCAAGAUUCAACCCUGAUAAACGUGGGCGCCAGAACUUCAUCGGACCUGGUUUUCCAGGGUUGAAGAAACGAGGGCAUGCUCUUGGGAACCGUUCUUGGAUAAAAAUUGAGCAAAAUGGGAGCUCAAAAGUGGUAGAGUUAGACAAGGCUACUGUAAUGAGGCAUUGCUCUUUACCUGCUAGAGAUCUUCGUCUUUUGGAUCCGCUUUUUAUAUAUCCGUCUACAAUAUUAGGCCGUGAGAAGGCAAUUGUGGUUAGUCUUGAGCAGAUUAGAUGUAUAAUUACAGCUGAUGAGGUGUUUCUUAUGAAUUCAUUGGACGGAUCUGUAGUUCAGUACAAAUCUGAAUUGUGCAAGCGCCUUCAGCAAGAGAAAUAUCACUCGGAUGACCUGCCAUUCGAGUUUAGGGCAUUGGAACUAGCUUUGGAGUUUACAUGUCUUACUCUUGAUACUCAGGUGAAAGAGUUAGAAAUGGAAAUUCAUCCUGUGCUUGAUGAACUCGCAAAAUCAAUAAGUACACUCAAUCUUGAGCGUGUUCGUAGAUUCAAAGGCCACCUUUUAGCAUUGACUCAAAGGGUGCAAAAGGUCUGUGAUGAAAUAGAACAGCUAAUGAACGAUGAUGGUGAUAUGGCUGAGAUGUAUUUAACUGAGAAGAAACAAAGGAAUUCAUGUAAUGAUCUAUAUGAUCAAGUACAAGGAAGUAAUCUUAUCGGGCCUGGAGUGGGAAUAGGAUCAAAGUCUGCUCCUGUAUCUCCUGUUGGGUCCUCAAGUGGUUCACAGAAUUUGCAAAGGGCGUUUAGUAAUGUAAGUGCACAUAAGCAUGGAAGUUUGUUGAGUUCAUCGGUAACUGGUGAAACUGAAAACAUUGAUCAACUUGAGAUGUUGCUGGAAGCGUAUUUUGUUGGUAUUGACAACACUUUAAACAAGUUGCUUUCGCUCAAGGAAUAUAUUGAUGACACUGAAGAUCUGAUCAACAUUAAACUUGGAAAUGUUCAGAAUAAGCUGAUUAAGUUUGAGCUGCUCUUGACCGCUGCUACUUUUUUGGCUACUGUAUUUGCUGUUGUGACAGCAGUAUUUGGAAUGAACUUUGAAGACGAUGUUUUUGACGAGCCAAACAGAUUCAAUUGGGUCGUUUCUAUUAGUGCAACAUUAUGUGGAGUCUUGUAUAUCUGUUUCUUGAUUUAUUUCAAACAUAAGAAAGUUUUCCCUCUGUAGAUUUUUUUUUUUUUUUCUGAUAAAAAAUACAAUAUAACAUUAUCAUCAUCCUUAUCUGGAAAAAAGUCGCAGCUGAUCUAUA